GGAGGAGGAGGAGGAGGAAGAGGAGGAAGGGGCGCGGCGCCGCUCCGCGGGCGCGCUGCUGCGCGGGGGCGGCAGAGCAGUGCAGGGCAGGGCGCGGCGGCAGGACAGGCGGACAAGGAGGACAGGAGGACGAGCAGACAGGAGGACGAGGAGGGCAGGAGGACGAGGAGGGCAGGAGGACAAGCAGUGUCAGUGUUUUCGGUGUCAGCGUCCGCGGGUGCCGCCGAGGAGCUCCGGCAAUUAUGUCCCUGCUCCACACGUCCGUCCGACUUCGCACUCGCUUGAAAGGCAGACCGACCUGAAUGCGGCGGUGCCGGCAGGAUGGGGCGGGCAGCGAGGCUCCGUUUCACCACCACAUCGGUUGUGCCUGGAUGGCUCCUCCUGGGCAGGGCGCCCUGAAGUGUUCCCCAAGGAAAAGAGACCAAAGCGACGUCCAGGAGGUGGGUCUGCAGCUCAGUGUAAAUGGUGUUACCAAUACAGCAGCUGUGACUCUGGUUGGGGGGGCUUUGGCUCAGUAGGAAUUGACUUGAGGGGUGCAAUUUACAGCCAGGGUCUGCAGAAAAGAGCCUGUGAGAAGCUCGGCAGGAAGGUGAAGGCUGUUGGGGGAAAUGGAGAAAUAGGCUCAGCUGCUCACUGAAGCCUUUCUGGAGCACGGUGCAGCUUCUCCUGCCUCCUUCUCCGACAGGAAACUUCCACCCUCUCUUACGCCAACAGUACUUGCCAAUGUACACAAGCUUUGCCCCUGUGGGCCUGAUUUUUAUGCUGUGCAGUAGUUUGGGGGUAAAGGUUAACCCUCACUCCACCAUAGACUUAUUAUUAUUUUAAACUCUCAUAUGAACCAGAGAGAAGCUGUUAAACCCUGGCUUGCCCCAAGUUAGAAGAGUAAAAUCUUUUUACCUGUGUUGGUUUUUUCUUUUUUUUUUCCCUCUUUUUUUCUUUUUUCUUUUAAUCCUCUUUGACUCCUGCCUUUAAGUUCUUGAAAAACAUGGAUACUGCCACCUUUUAAAGUCAGAGAGCUUAAAUACUCACCUUGCAGGUGAUCAGGCUUGAGAGCUUUCACAGCUGACCAUCCUUGGGCUUUCCAAACACCUCUGCGUCCUAACAGGGCUGCAAAACCUCUGGCUGGCAGAACAGAGUAGUUUGGGACAUACCAAGGGAUUUGUCGAGAGGUUUUUCUUUUUAGGCACUCACCAGAGCUGCUUCCAGCAAAAAUUACUGUGAAGUAAUUGUGGCUAGCAGGGGAGGCAGAGGAGCUGGGCUCACUUCUCCCUUGGGGGGCCGUCUUCUUGCACCGCCUUGCAGCAGCCGCUUGCCUCUUUUACUGGCCGAAGAGCAGAGACCCAACUUCCCUUACCUUGACUUAUUUCUGGGACAUUAUUAUGUCCCAGACAUUAUUAUGUCCCAAUUAUGUUAGGUGUUCUACUGCAAUUAUGAGCAUCACCUACAUGUUGACUGCAUCGAGAAAAGAGCAUUUGGCCUUUUCUAAGGAACAUUUACAGAGUUAGGGUUGGGGACAGAGAGAUGAUCAAAAUAACUUACUGUCAGCACAGCAGGUUCUGUAAGGAAACGCAAAUCUAUGUAUCCCACGCAAUAAAGUGUCCCAAUAUUUAGUGCUGGCAUGACAAAAUCCUUGCCAGACGGGGCAAAGUCAGAGGUGAUAUCCAGAACUGCUAAAUCUUUGCUGAAUCUGUAUUUCGCAUCCAUCUGCCCAGACACUGUCUUUUUUCUUCCAGAAGCACAAACAUAAUGGGCAGUGUUAAACUGUGGAUUUUAUUGUUAUUGUUGUUCCUUGGGCACCUCAUUGUUUUAAAUCUUCAGGGUCUUAAAACUGACAGGCUUACUGUUUAAAUGGCUUCGGUUGAAAAGCAAUGGGGUAUUUUUCCACAUCUUGAACAUCACAAAUAGAGGUCCAUAAAACAGCUCAGAAGUAAUUGGGAAAAACAGGAGUUUCUUAGUUCUUUGGCUGUCAGUCACUCAGAGGAAAUCUACGUAUGACAUCAGGCAGGUCAAAACAGGGGGGUGAGCUGUGGGGAAGGAUGCUGGCAGUGGGCAAUGCUGCCUGGUACAGGGGCAUAGCCUGAGGUGCUGGGCUGUUCUUACUGGGGCUCCAGCAUGAGGACAUACGGGUCAGAAAAAUGGGUGAAAAAACAAGCAAACCUGAUAGAUCAACUGAUCUAGAUUUGACGCCACUAUAAAGCACUCCUACAGAAGCUCUGAGAUCCCUAUCAUUGAUAAAUCUGCAAUGAAAAUAACCAGCUAGCAGCAGUAAAUACUAGUACAUGAAUAAAUUAAUUUUCCCAGCUAGCAGCACUGAAUAAUCAAGUAGAGAUAAAAGUUUAACUCAGCCAGACAGUUUACUAAAGGAAAAAAAAAAUCACUUAGCAAAGCGCAUCACUACUUUUCUCCUUCCCUGGCUUCCCAGGGACGUUUUCUUCUGCCUUCCCCAGAGACCACUCCAGCAGCUUGGUUUGCACAGAGCGGAGGGAAAACCAGAAGGAGCUGACUGCGUCUUUCUGCAGAGCCAGUAGUGGAGACCAAGUCUGCACACAACUACUGUUGGAGUGGGUGUGUGUAAAGCAAACAGAGGUCUCUAAUGAGGGAGAGGAGAUCUUUUCCCAGAGUGUUUUUACCUGAAGGAGAGGGAAAAGUUCCUGUUGCUCCUGCUGUUGCAUGGAAAUGCCGUUGUGCAGCACUGAGGCACUCGGUAGCCUGGUUUCCAAGGAAAGGUGUGGACGCUGGUUUUGAGUCAGGUGCCUCUGAGAGCUGGAGGAACAGCAAGUCAGAUAAAGCACAUGUUUUGCUGCUCCGUUUGCUUUUUUUUUUUUUUCCUCCUUAAUGCCACCUACAUGAAAUCACCUACCCCAACUGAUCCCUCCCUCCAUUCUCCUCUUUCAUCUUUUCCCCCACUCCUUUUCUGCUUCUCCUACUUUUUUCAGCACCUGUCCCUUUCCCGCUGUUUUGUUUUGUUUUUACCAAAGUUGUGGAGGAGGAGUUGCCUGGUUCCUGCACAGCAUCUGCAGAUGGACUUCUACAUGGGAGAAAGAACAACACAGUGGGGCAGGAGCACUCCUGCUCACCUGCAUAUCCACUCCCUCUCCUUUCACAGUUUUUGUUCGGAAUUUAUAUUUUCCCUUCAUUCUUGCUGUGUGGCAGGCACAAAAUCAGGUUUCCCUUUGAUGGUAUUCGUAGUGAGUACAAUGUAUUUCAGAUACAGUGAGGAGAGCGUGCUGCCUACUUACAGCUUGAAUUUUCCAGGAAUCCCCGUUUUGGUAGCAGCCAACGCGCCGUGCCUUGCUGUGCCACGGUCUGGGUUAACCACUCCCAAGCUGAGACGACAACAGAUAACGAGUUGGUUCCCACCUGCUGGCCCUCCGGCAUGACACCAGCAAUCACGUGUGGCCUCUGUGGCCCACCACAGAGAGCCACAGACCUCUCAGAUGGGUAACGCUGGGGCAGAAAAUAAACAGUAAAUGUUGGAGAUGCAUGCUAAAGGGAGACCAGGGCUGUUGUUUUCCUGCAUCUCCACACAGCCGGUGGUUGAGCUUGGAAUUUUGUUUGCUCACCAAACUGGUCCUUCAGGAAGGACUGGCAGAGGGCAGAGCAGGAGGGCCAGUGGGUAUUGACCGAUGCAAAUCUUGCAUUCCUCGGGGAAGUCGCCAUGCACGGACUGACGCAGGCAGGUGCAUUGUAAGCUUCCUCAGGUAGCUCUGCCUGCUUGCUCCAUCGCUCCUGUACCUGGAGCUCCUUCCCCUCUCUGUGGGCUGCACGGCGCCAGCCUGCCCUGAGCAGAGAUCUGGGUGGAUGAGAGACAGCCUCCCUCACCCAGCACCCUCACCCUGCUGCCUGCCACAGGGAUACUGGUGUGAGAUCCCUCCCCAGCAGGCUCUGGGCUGCCUAUGAUGGACCCUGGUGGCUCAGCACAGCUCCUCUGCAUGGGCAGCAUCCAUGAAAAGCACCUCAAAUAGCGUGGCUGUUACUUUAAAAGAACAGCUUUUUGGAAACUGGUUUAUUCCCAAGCAGGCCGUUUCCAGCAGCCGUCCGUGAGUUGUCUGCCAAAUAGGAAGGGAGGCUUCUGGAGAGGCUGGGGCUGGUUCUUCGGUGACAGAGGGGUCUGGUCUCUCUUUGCAGCAAAAAAGGCAGUCGGUGUUCAUGUUCUCUGAUUUGCAGUGCUGAUACAGGGACGUGAGAGGUGGUGAUUACUUGGAUUGCAGGAGAGACUCGCCAUGCAGGACAAGAGGCAAGUGAAAGCCAACCACUUGUUCCCGCUCAGGGCGAAGGCAGCUGCAGACUCUUCCUGCACAAAAAUGAUAUUGGCAUCGCUGAGUUGCACUGGGAUUUGCAGUUACUCCCUGUGCAUGCAGUUUAUGGAAAUGGUAGAAAUAACAAUGUGAGGAGCAGUGGCAGAGCACUGGGCUCUCUCAGGAGCCAGAGCUCUGCAUAUGUAAGCCAUUAAGAUCCCAGCAAAGUGGAAACAUGCCUUUAGAGAGGCAGCACGAGCCCAAAGCCUGCAAGUUUCUCCACAUGGCUGAAGGAGAUCUGCCCAUUUCUGUCAGCUGUUUGAGUCCCUCCUUAACCCUUUAGAGCAGGGAAGCCUGAAAGAGAGCUGAAGCAGCUGAAGCCCUCAUGGCUACAAGAUGUUGGAGCAGGAGGACACCGGCAGCCUUGGUCCUCCAGGAUGACCCAGGCUCGUGCCUACCAGAGGAGCUCCUGGGCUGGCCUUUCUCCAUAGCUCCUGAACACCAUCCUGGAGCACUGUUUGCUGGGGCAGUGGCUCUCCUGGGGAUGCCUCCUCUAUUUUCUCACAGCCUGUUCUUGGGGUGAAACUGAUUGUCCUUUGCAGUUCCUUGCAUCUUUCCAAUGCACUGCAGAGGGACCUCAGACGCUUAGUUUGGCAGACAUGGGGCAAGGUGAGUCACACGUGCACAGUACAGUGACUGGGACAGGAGACUGCCAGCUAAAUGCAAAAGCACAUGGCUGUCCACACAGCUUGCAGAGCAGCAGCGGUGCCCACGAUGUUGAGGAUUCUCUGACCAGCUUGCAUCUGGUGCUAGCGGCGCACCUGACCUUCGCUGAAUCAUUUUCAGGGAUAGCCAUUUAAAUUUCAAUAUCACAGAGGGCACACUAGGACCUGGCUGUCAGUCAGAACAGAUGUAAUUAAUGUCUGUGGUUCGUGAGGGAAAGCUUUUAGCCGGACGGCUCCCCAGCCACCGCUCUGCUGCUCCACCUGAAGCCCGAGUGUCUGUGGAUGGGAUUUCUUCCUCUGCCCGGCUCCUACAUUUGCUUUUGUGUGGUGGCCGAACCCUGAGCAGUGUGCGUGGAUUUAUAAGCACCGAAACCUUUGGUGCAGCGAUCUUUGCAGCUGAGGAGAGAGCAUAUUCCUGAAGAGGCUAGAGUUGCUGUACGUGGGGGAUGGAUGCUCUGCCUUUCCUCAAUUACCCUGAAUGCAAGCAGCUGUUGUGAAGGGAGGAGCCACUUUAUGGAGGCAGAUUAGCAGCAUUUUCAAGAAGGAAUCUGGACAUAGGGAGGACUUUGGACAUAUCAGACCCUGCUGGGAGGAGAGAGGAAGGAAAUCCAUUUCCCUCUGCACCUUUCCAUAGGCCAACCCUAGUGUCAAAGACAAUGAGGACGCCCUGACUGAAUUUUAAAACUUUCAGAAUGAAGAGGCAUAAGUGUCCCUACAGAUGUCCCACAAGAAGGAAGAUUCUGAUUCUGUGUUUCACGGGGUGGGUGAUUGCACUCCUGAAACUCCUCCACGUUGAAAGACACUUUUUUCCAUCUAAGGGCAUUUAUUUGGUUGAGCACUUCUUGAGCACUUCUUCUUAUGUUAAAAACAGGUAUUCCUAUCUUAGAAAUCACUUUCAGUAUGAAAUUAAUUGUUCAUCUAUAUAUGAACAAGAUCCCCAAGAAAUUGGCAAGAGUUUAGAGAUAAGAAGAAAAGAUAUAAUAGAUUUAGAUGAUGAAGAUAUCAUAGCAAUGACGAAUGAUUGCCACAUUUAUCGCAUACUUAGGAAAUACCACCUAAAACCUGUUUCUCCAGAGGAAGAGAAUUUUCCAUUAGCCUAUUCUUUGGUUGUUCACAAAGAUGCAGUAAUGGUAGAAAGGCUCAUACAUUCACUGUACAGUCAUCAAAAUAUAUACUGCAUCCAUUAUGACCAAAAAGCAACAAAAAGUUUCAAAUCUGCUAUGAACAAUCUAGCUAAAUGUUUCCCCAAUAUUUUCAUUGCUUCAAAACUGGAGACAGUGGACUACGCACAUAUUUCGAGGCUGCAAGCAGAUUUCAAUUGUUUGUCUGAUCUGAUGGACUCUACAGUUCCCUGGAAGUAUGUUAUUAACUUGUGUGGACAAGAUUUCCCUUUGAGGUCAAAUUUCCAAUUGGUUGCUGAACUGAAGAAACUCAAUGGGGGAAACAUGCUGGAAACUGUAAAGCCAAGCAGCAGCAAAAGAGAACGAUUUACUUAUCGCUAUGAACUUAUGAAAGUGCCUUAUGAAUACAUGCAGAUGCCUGUGAAAACCAACGUUUCCAAGAACCCGCCACCUCAUAAUAUUGAGGUAUUUGUAGGCAGUGCCUAUUUCGUUUUAAGUCGAGCUUUUAUUCAGUACACCCUCAGAAGCUCUCUUGCAAAAGAUUUUUUUGAUUGGUCACGGGAUACCUACUCUCCAGAUGAACAUUUCUGGGCCACUCUUGUACGUGUUCCUGGGGUACCUGGGGAAAUUUCGAGGUCAGCCCAGGAUAUCACAGACCUUCAGAGCAAAACUCGUUUGGUGAAAUGGAAUUAUCUUGAAGAACAUUUAUAUCCUCCAUGCACUGGUACCCACCUUCGCAGUGUCUGUAUCUACGGGGCUGCAGAAUUACGAUGGCUUAUGAAUUAUGGGCAUUGGUUUGCCAAUAAGUUUGACUCCAAAGUAGACCCCGUCCUGAUAAAAUGUUUGGCAGAAAAACUGGCAGAGCAACAGAAAGAGUGGGUUUAUUUGUCCUCUGACAAAUAUUUUCUGCGUAUAAGUUAUGUGAAUGCCUCACUAUAGCAGUACCAUUCUCCCUGCUGUCAGUAUUGCGUACUGCUGCAGCAUGGGGCCUGGAGUUCCGCCCUGACCUGCUGCAGGAGGCUGGCAGGAGAACUGCUCCUUCUGCAUACGGUCCAGGGCUCUGGGGAGACGUGCGCCUGGGCACCUAUUUAUGAAAAGUCAUGUCUCUCUGGUUAACCAUUUUGUAACUUGCUACGACGAUCCUGUUACUGUUCUUCAAGGUGAUUCUGGAAGGGUAAGGUUUGCUUUUGGAGACUCCGGCACUAUCCUAAUGGAAUAUUCCAGAAAUGUUUUACAUUAAGUGUGUUUGCGUCUUUCUUAAGGAACCCCGCCAUGCCUGUUUGCCUUUCCCCUUUUCCUUCACUUUUGUUUUUCAUUAAGGUGUGAAUCAAAGACCUCUAUAUCUGCUACCUCAGGAAAACUGGAAGUGCCCAGCUCACAGACAAAGCCAAGAGAACAAUGCGACACCACAUGAGCUAUGCGGCCUCCCCGGCCAGCCUGAAGCCCCAAACUCCCCUUCUGCGGGAGUGAGCAGAGAUCUCUGUAACGUGAAUGUGGCCGGAUGGCACAAAGAGGAGAAAUCCUUGGACACCACGUUGCACGUAGCAUUUCUUCCUUCUUCCAGCUCAUCUGCGCGUUGUCUUUCUUUCUGUGGAGUGUGUGUUCAGGGGCUGUGCCAUGCAUGUGGAGUGGAUGGUGCUGGAUUGAAAACAACCUCUGUGAACACGCGUGAAUAAUGCACUACUCUUCUUCAAGGGUAGCAAGGGUUUGUCCUAAUGGCAGCCCCUAAAAGUAGAUACCCAUGCCAAAAGAUGUCUGCCUUCAUAUCUAUCCCUGCCAAUAGAAAUACCCUCCUGUGAAAUCACAGUCUUUUUGGGACAGUAUUUUUACACGUGGUGGAUAACAACUGCUAUUUCUAAUUAACACUGAGCAAUCUGGUGCUACAAAACAUGCUACAUCCAGCAGCAAUCAUCAGAACAGCCAUGCUGCAGAAAUGAAGGCCCUGUGUAGAAGUGGCUUUUUGUGCAAGUCUUACAGCCUCACACUGCCACAACCCCAGGCUGACGUGUCCCUGCUUUAGAGCAGUUCAGAGUUACAGCAGCCGUACUCCAGGCCACCCAUGCUUCCCAAGGCCCAUGUCAGGCCUGCUGGUAGCAAAGGGGUUGGGUGGCUUCCUCUCAGCUGGGCUGCCACACCACAGGCUGAGGGAAACCUUGGUCCGUGCAGGAUUCUUGUGGCUAAGAAAUGCCCCUUGGCAUUUUGGGGGAUUCUCUGCAAUGUUGCCGUGCCAACAGCUCAGUUUUGGUGGUUCCAGAGGACUCUGCAGUCUAGCUUUCUCUGUGUUACUGUCCCAUUUCUAUGCACCUGGCUCUUAUGAGAGGCACCCUCUCAUGGGUGGCUUCAGGAUAUCUGGUUUUACCGACCCACGAGAUGCCACAAUAAUCAUCUUGCCCUGCAUCCACGAGAAAACUUUGUUUCUUCUUUGAGUUGAAGGAACCAAGUCAUUCCUUGGUCUGGGAUUUUGUUUCUAAGUGCAAUCCUGGUCAGCUUGUUUGUGGCUUGAGGAUGGGUUUGAGUCAAUAGUCGUGGGCCUUUCCCCCCAUUUGUGACACUGAUUUCCAAUGAGUCCUCAGACAAGUCAUCUGAUUUUUCUGUUCUAGCUGUAAAAUGGGAACAACAAUGCUCUACUACCUUGUUAAGCACUUACAAAUGUAUGGAUGAUGUCUGUGGUGGGUUGUUUGCACAAUAGUAAUUGCUGAUCAAAACCAUUUAUGAAGUUUGUGUGUGUGCAAGUCAAGUAUCUCUUUAUGUACAGUUUCUCAAAUAAAGGGGGAUUAUUUUUAAA